UAUGAGUGUUACAAUUUGAAUUAUAACUUACAAUUGAAGCUAAGAGUUGAUCGUCUUUCAACCUCAUAAAAUCGCAAUAAAACGAAACCCUAGAAAUGAUGAAGUCAGUGGUGAAGCAUGUAUCAACCAUCUUCAAUCGACCCUUAAAUCCAGUGCUACAACAAUGGCGAGGAAUAAGAGUGAAGGUGAGGAACAAUAACUUAGACCAAGCUUUGUUUUUGAUGCAGAGGAAAAUGCAGUCUAGUGGAAUGGAAAGGCUUAUAAAGCGUGAACAGUUACAUCAUAUCAAGAACUCGGAGAAGCGGGUGUUGGCUCGUAAGAUUCUUGAACGUAAAAUCCGUUCUCAAGAACUUGCUCGUAAGCUCAAAUCCAUCCUCAUCAAGAAAGUCAGGGGCCUAUGAAGGAGGAUGUUCCAGCAGAGUUUUCUUCACCAUCCUGAUUUGGCAGGAUGGUUGCUACAAUCACCAUUUUCUUGCACCUCUCUACGUGGACUACACCUUUUGAAAUAAUAUUUGCCUUUUGUUGAUUUUCUUUUAGAUUUCUCAUACACUCAGAUCUAAAUUAUGGCAAAGGUUAGGGGAGAAGAUCAUUACUAGUUUUCUUCAUUUCUUUUUUCCAUCUUCUGGUUCUUCUUCGGACUAAUGGUUAAUUUGACAAAUUAGUUUGCAUAGAA